CGGAUAACUAAGUUACUAACCCAAUUGUUAAUGACUCGCACCGACUCUGACCCAACCCGCCCAAUAACCAGGUUUACAUGAGACGUAUCAUAAACAAACCCAUCGUCCUAGCCCACCGGGCCGAACCUCAGCCUCGUUGUUACCUGUACAGUCUGUAACUCUGUAUUAAGAUCAGUGAAGGGAAAGAAACCAGAGAAAAAAAAAAUGGAAAAUGAGAAGCAGAAUCAGCUCUCUUCUUCCUACUGCUGCAUAUCCCAUGUAUUCCACCAAACUGCUUCCAAUAAUCCCAACAAAAUAGCCAUUAUCCACGCCACAAAGCGCCGCAAAAAUCUUAUUACUCACAAAACCAGCACCAUUAAUGAUGCUAACCCUCCAUUAUAUGACGGCGACAAGUUCUUCACUUUCUCCGAGGUACUAUCCGCCGUUGAUUCUCUUACCUUCAGGCUUAAUCACAUCCUCAACGGUGGUGAUGAUCCCUCCUUAAUCAAACCCACCUCAGGUAACAUCAAAUUGAAUUUUAGUACAACAAAAUUAGUGGGAAUUUACAUGAAACCCUCAGUAGAAUAUGUAAUUACUGUUCUUUCUGUAUUAAAAUGUGGUGGGGUUUUCUUCCCUAUUGAUCCUUCUUGGCCAAAACAAAGGGUUUUGUCAAUAAUUUUGUCUUCAAAUGUUGGUUUGAUUAUUGGGUGUUUGAAUUUUGAGAAAAAUAGUAGUGCCCAUUUGGUUGAUGAAUCACAUUGGAUUGUAAAUUGCUGCAAAUUUCAUGUUUUGUGUAUAAAUUUUGAUGGGGUUGUUGAACAAAAAUGUGGGAAAUUGGAUUUGUGUUGGCCAUGUGAAAGUGGGGAUUUUAGGAAAUUUAAUUAUUUGAUGUAUACUUCUGGGUCUACUGGUAAGCCUAAAGGUGUUUGUGGGACAGAAGAAGGGAUUUUGAAUAGGUUUUUGUGGAUGCAAGAGUUGUAUCCAUUGAAAGAGGAUGAUAUUUUGUUGUUCAAGACUUCGAUUAGUUUUGUUGAUCAUCUUCAAGAAUUUCUAGCUCCAAUACUAGCAGGAUGUACUUUAGUGGUGCCCCCUUUUGAUGAGUUGAAAGGGAAUUUGUUUGGUAUUGUUGAUUAUCUAUAUGAUUACUCUAUCACUAGAAUAACAGCCGUUCCAUCUUUGAUAAAGGCGAUUGUUCCUGCUUUAGAGGGACGGUGUUCUGAACAAGGGCACACUUCCUUGAAGUUGUUGGUGCUGAGUGGUGAAGUUUUUUCUAUAUCUUUGUGGAAGAUGCUUUCUAUGACAAUGCCCAAGGCUUGUACUAUCUUGAAUAUUUAUGGAAGCACUGAGGUAUCUGGUGAUUGUACUUACUUUGACUGUAAACAUUUACCAGGAAUGCUCGAAACUGAGAUGGUGAGCACAAUGAGCAGUGUUCCUAUUGGUAAACCCAUCUCUAAUUGUGAUGUUAAGCUUAUUGAGAAAGAUGGAAAGUCCGAUGAAGGAGAGAUAUGUGUAUCGGGUGUAUGUCUUUCGAGAGGCUAUUAUAUUGAAGGUAACAUCAAACCAUUGAACAAUGAGCAACUGAGUAGUAAACUUUAUUAUAGAACAGGGGAUUUUGCUAGAAGGGUUCAAAGUGGUGAUUUGGUAUUUUGUGGAAGAGAAGAUCGAACCAUAAAGGUUAAUGGUCAACGUAUUGCACUAGAGGAGGUAGAGGAUACAUUAAGAGAACACCCAGAUAUAGUGGAUGCUGCUGUAGUUUCCUGUAAUGAGCAAGAAGGGCAUGUCCAUGUCUUUCUCAAAGCGGUUUUAGUAUUGAAAGACAAUGGAAAAUCAUCUCAAAUUUUGGCAUCUGUAAAAAGUUGGAUGGUUGACAGACUUCCUUCAGUUAUGAUUCCAAAAGAAAUUCUUUUUACUGAUGCACUUCCUAUGUCUUCCACUGGAAAGGUUGAUUAUACGUCACUGCUUAGUUUAUUUGCUCCCGUUGAUGGUUUAAUUAACAAGGGUCAUGUUGAAUGUGGCGCAGCAACCUUAGACCGUAUUAAAGAAGCCUUUUGUAAUUCUUUGGAUGUUGCAAAUGUUGACAACGAUGAUGACUUCUUUGCAAUGGGUGGUGAUUCGAUGAUUGCAGCUCAUGUUGCUCAUAACUUAGGAAUUGAUAUGAGAUUUCUAUAUAUGUUUCCAAAUCCUUCAUUGCUUCACAAGGCUCUUGUAAACAAAGAAGGUCUUAUUGAAGUUGAUCAGCAAAUAAAGUGGGAAACUUUGCCCAAAACUCAAAAGGUUGACUCGGUUCAUUCCUCUGAUUCUGGAUUAGUUAAAUCUAGGAAACACAGAGAAAGUUCGUGGAUGGAAAGUGACAGUGAUAAUAAGCAUGGAAAAUCUAAGCACCUUAAAGUAGAUGCUGAUUUAUAUUCAAAUCUCAAGGGUGUGACUUCACAUGAAUAUGCAAUCACCCGUUGCAACAAAGUUAUGUACAAAAGAAACUGUGGGUUGAAUGGGUUGAAUAUCAAGUGGCCCGAGACCCGGGAAUUUGAACUUCCUAGAAACAGCCAAGCUUCCUUAAGAGAAAUAUGGAAAGUUUCCUUGGAUUCAUGUGUUGAUGCAUCACCUUUGAUUACUUUCAAGGAUAAUGAAAUCUUAGUAUUUAUAGGGUCACACUCCCACAAAUUUCUCUGUGUUAACGCCAUAAAUGGUUCCGUAAAAUGGGAGAUAAAACUACAAGGUCGAAUUGAAUGUUCGGCUAUGAUAGAUGGAGAUUUCUCUCAGGUUAUAGUUGGAUGCUACAAAGGAAACAUAUACUUUGUUGAUAUGAUAAAUGGUUCCAUUAAUUGGACUUUUCAAACAGGUGGUGAAGUGAAGUCACAACCAACCCUAGACAAAUGCAGAAACCUCAUAUGGUGUGGUUCACAUGAUCAUACUCUAUAUGCUCUUGAUUACAGAAAUCAUCACUGUGUUUAUCAGUUUCCUUGCAAAGGAAGUAUAUUUGGCUCCCCUGUAAUCGAUGAGGGUCGAGAUAUGCUUUACCUGGGAACAACCAAUGGAAACGUGACAGCUGUAACAUUAAAGGGUUCCUCAUUUUCUAUUGCGUGGGAGGUUGAACUUGAAGCUCCAAUAUUCGGGUCUCUUUCCAUCUGUUUUAAUGGAAAUGUGUUGUGUUGCUUAGUUAAUGGGGAUGUUCUUUCUCUAAACCCGAACGGAUCAACUAUUUGGAGGGUGAAAACGGAUGGUCCGAUAUUUGCUGGACCGUGUAUAUCUAAGGUGCUUGAUUUUCAGGCUCUGGUAUGUUCUAGGAAUGGGAAUGUUUACUCUUUUGAAUUGGAAAAGGGAAGAAUUUUGUGGAAGUAUAAUGUUGAAGAUCCAAUCACAUCUUCAGCUUUUGUCGAUGAGAACAUAAAGUUGGUUUCUUCUGAUCCUUUGUUACCUGCAGAAAGAUUGGUUUGCAUUUGUUCUAGUUCUGGGAAAAUUGUUUUGCUUCAGGUAAGCUGUGUUAUUAUAGAAGAUGAUAAUACAGUGGAAAAGAUGGUUAAGAAAUUUGCAGAAUUUAAUGUUCAAGGAGAUGUGUUCUCUUCACCAGUAAUGGUUGGUGGGAGGAUUUUUGUAGGUUGCAGGGAUGAUUUUUUGCAUUGCAUUGUUGUUGAAGCCUGUCUGGAGAAAGAUUAAUGAAUACAUAUUUUCAUUGUAUAGACUUUCAGAUAAGAAGUUAAAGAACAAACAUUUCAAAUUGUUAGAACUUGGACAUUUGUAGGAUUUGUACCAACAUGCAUAUUCAUGGAGUAAUAUAAGGACUGAAUUUAUGGGA